AUGUUGGGGCCCCCGCUGCGCAGCACUGGUUUCUGGAGGGGCGCCUCGGGCGCCCCUGCAGCAGCAGCAGCAACUGGGACACCAGCAGCAGCACGGACUGUCUCUGCUGUUGCUGCUGCUGCAGUCAGGCCCCGAGUGCAGCAGAUAAAGCACGAGGUAAUUUAUGUGGCCAAUCCCAAGACCUUCAUUUGCAGUGUAUGCACACUUCCCAUGGCCCAGACCUGCAGAACCCUUCCUUGCCUUCACUUGGCAUGCGGGUCUUGCACUGAGCAAAUGCUGUCCACAGGGCAGUGCCGCGUGUGCAGUGGCCGUCUGCAGGGGGCCGAAGAGAUAGGGCCUUCUGUGUCGCUGUACACCUGCAGCAGCAGCGGCUGCUGCUGCUGCUUCCUUUCUGAAGCCUCGCUGCAGUACCAUGAGCGGCAGCACGGACUGGAGAAGCAGCUGGCCUUUAUUGACGCUGCAGCAGCUGCUGCAGCAGCUGACGCACCAGCAGCAGCAGACGCAGAUGCCUUCAUUGUUGCACUUGAGGAGCAGGGGCAGCUCACGCCAGCUCAGGAGCAGCAAGAGCCUUUUGCUGCUGCGUCUGCCGCAACAGAUCAGCAGCAGCAGCAGCAGCAGCAGUCGCAGCCGAUGCUUUCACCGCCCACGGCGCAGCAGCAACCGCAGCAGCUGAAUGCUUGGCAGCAGCAGCCGCAGCAACACCAUGUGCAGCACCAAACAACGAAGCAAGUGCAGCAGCCACAGCAGCAGUUGCUGCCCCAGCCGCAGCAGCAGCCGCAAGGGCAGGAGGUGCAGCAUCAGGCCACACCGCAACAGCAGCAGUAUCUAGAGAACCAGCAGCAGCAAAUGCAGCAGCAGCAGCAGCAACAGCAGCAGCAUUUGCUGCACCAGCAACAACUAGUGCAGCAGCAGACGAAUCAGCAGGCACACCAGCAGCAGCCGCUGCAGCAGGUGGGGCAGCCGCCCGCAGCACCCUGGGCUGCAGCUGCGCCAGCUCACGUUGCUGCUGCUCCCGUCCCUGCAACUUCUGUUGCUGCAGCACCCCUUGCUCCUGCUGCUGCUGCUGCUGCACCUGCCCCCGUGCAGCCUGCAGCGGCUACAGUGCGUACACCGCUGCAGCUACAGCAGUCCGUCAGUCAGCAGCAGCAGAAGCUGAAGCAGCAGCAGCAGCUUUUGCUGCAGCAGCAGCAGCAGCAGCAGCAAGAUGCAGAGGACGACAACCUAGACGACUUCCUGUAG